AUGGAUAUGAAAUUGUCUCAAGAUGCUGCAUAUGUAAAGCUGAACAAGACAAAGAACAAGAGAUAUUUUGAAGACAUUAAGCCAAAUAUGCAGAGAUUUAAAUGCAGAGUUAUGAAAUUAGUGAAUGAAGGUGGUUUAAGAAUUACAGGAUCCAAGUGGAACCAAAACUAUGACCAAGAGAUAAUAGCAAAGUUUCAGUUGGGUCUUAGACAUUGCAGGUUUCAGUAUAUUAGAAAAUGUCAUUGUUUUCCACCUAAACAAGACUUUAUAAUGUUCUGUUGUGAUGGCUCAACAUUUGGAAAUCCUGGUACUGCAGGAUUUGGUGUUGUAUUCAGAGAUUCAGCUUGUCAGGUACUUGGUACUCUAACUGGAGGUAUUGGUGUAGCUUCAAAUUAUCUGGAAGAAGCCUAUGGAAUUAUGUGUGCUUUGGAACUGGAAAUUCAAUGGAGUAGGCAGAAUAUCAUUGUAGUGUCAGACUCAAAAACUGUGCUUGCAAAAUUUGCUCAGGGAAGAGUACCAUAG